ACUCCAGUUUCUUAUUUUUAAAAGACUGAAUACUUGAAGUCAUUAACUGUCACGCAGACCAUGUACAUUGUUGAGUAUCAACAUAGUAAGUGUAUCGAAUUGACCCGUAACAACUGUUAUCUUCGUGGACUUUUGAGAUGCAUGGACAUUAAAGAUGACGGGAAUGGCCAAGAUAAGAGUGUCUACUCGAGUGAGACUUCUUCAUAACUUGAUCAAGAUUUCAGAGUUCGGGACCCACUCAAGGUUCUCCCACUUGGAUCGAGGGAACCCACCGACCUCUCGCUUGCGGUUUUAUCGAGAUCUUACCCAUACAUCUUCAUCGAGAGUCAAGUCAGAUUGGAGAAUCGACUUCAACACUUUCCUGAAAGAAAACCAUCAUAAAGUGAUUCCCUCAGUAGAGAAAGAAAUAAAGAUCUCAUCCACGAUGUCCAUCCGAUUCGAUAAUCGUGUGGCUGUAGUCACUGGAGCAGGUGGAGGUUUGGGUAAGGCGUACGCUUUGCUUUUGGCCAGUCGUGGAGCCUCGGUCGUGGUCAAUGACUUGGGUGGAUCUCGAUCUGGUGAAGGCCAAUCCUCUAAGGCCGCAGAUGAAGUUGUCUCCGAAAUUCGGAACAAAGGUGGGAAAGCCGUGGCCAACUACGACUCUGUGGAAAAUGGCGAAGCGGUGAUCAAAACGGCGCUCGACAAUUUCGGACGGAUUGACAUCGUGAUUAAUAACGCGGGGAUCCUAAGGGAUAGGAGCAUUGCUCGAACUGCCGACUCGGAUUGGGACCUGGUGCACAGGGUUCAUUUACGAGGAGCCUUUCAAGUCACAAGAGCCGCUUGGCCGCACAUGAAGAAGCAGAAAUAUGGAAGGAUCGUGAACACAAGCUCAGUGGCCGGCAUAUUCGGCAACUUUGGCCAAGCCAAUUACAGCGCUGCUAAAGCUGGACUGCUUGGUUUCACGAACACGUUGGCGAUCGAAGGAGAAAGAAGUGGGAUUCAAGCAAACAUCAUCGUACCCAUGGCUGCUUCCAGACUCACUCAAGACAUAUUACCACCAGAGCUCUUCGACGGUUUGAAACCGGAAUUGAUAGCUCCCGUGGUGGCUUGGAUGUGCCAUGAAGAUUGUCCCGACACUGGAAGCAUCAUCGAGGCCGCCGGAGGUUGGGCAGGAAAAUAUCGAUGGCAACGAAGUCAGGGAACGUUGUUGAUGGAUGAUUUAAGCGAAAACAUUACCCCGGAGCGAGUCCGAGAACGAUGGGCUCAAAUUGUGGAUAUGCAAGGGGGCGAUUUCCCCACCUCAAACCAAGGAGCCACUAUGGACUUGGUGGGCAAAAUGGAGAAGCUGACUUCUAGCCCGGACAGCACCCAAAUCCAAGGUGAUUUGAUGUCUGCAAUCGGUUUCAAGUCCCAGCCUUUCCUUUACAACUUUGACCAUCGAGAUGUGAUUCUCUAUGCCUUGGCCGUUGGAGCCUCGACUGAAAACCAUCAUGGUCUGAAGUAUCUCUACGAGGGAAAUCCCAACUUCUCCGCCCUACCCUCGUUUGGAGUGAUGCCAGGCUUUGGCAGUUUUGUUGGAUUAAUCAACGGUGACGUGCCUGGCCUUGAGAUUGACCUUUCAAAGGUCCUUCACGGAGAACAAUAUACCGAGAUGGUUUCAACCAGACUUCCUACCGAAGGGUCAUUAGAGUCCACCUUCCAAAUCCAAGCCAUCCUCGAUAAAGGUUCAGGCGCGGUUCUCUUGGUUGAGGUUCUCACCAAGGAUCAAGUCACCCAAGAGACCAUCGUCAAGAAUCAAAUGUCGGUGUUCGUGGUGGGAUCGGGCGGUUUUAACGGUCCAAGGAGCUCGGAACACCUCAUUCCCACUGAAAAGAACCCGAGUCACGCUCCAGAUUGGGAGAUGACCUAUCAAACCAACAUUGAUCAGGCCGCUUUGUACCGUCUGUGUGGCGAUGCUAACCCACUUCAUAUAGAUCCGAGCUUCUCGGGCAUAAGUGGAUUCAAGAAACCAAUUUUGCACGGUCUUUGCUCCUAUGGUAUUGCAGCGCGACAGAUUGUCGACGAAGUCUGCCAGGGUGAUCCUGGCAGAGUCAAGGCCAUCAAGGCCAGAUUUGCCAAACCUGUAAUACCUGGCCAGACACUUGUGACCAAAGCAUGGAAAAUAAACAACGAGAAGAUAUCCUUCUCCUGCGUGGUGAAAGAAACCGGACAAGAAUGUUUGAAUGGGGGAUGGAUAAUUUUGAGGAGCUAUCAGGACGACAAGCAAAGUGACGACGGUGGUGGAAGGAAGCAAUCACCAGAUAUGGAACAAAAACUUGGAACAACUUUGAAAAGUGAUGUGGUUUUCCAAGCGAUGGAGCGAAGGCUCAAGGCCAAGCCAGACAUGGUGAACAAAGUUCGAGCUGUCUUCCAUUGGAUUAUUACCAAUUCGCAAGGGAAACCAGCCUCACACUGGACUGUUGACCUUAAAAAUACGCCUGGAUCUAUCACACAAGGUGCCCAUGGAACUCCAGAUUGUACGUUAACGAUCUUUGAUGACGACAUGGUUCAAAUGGUUGAGGGCAAUUUGAAACCACAAACCGCGUUCAUGAAGGGGAAAUUGAAAGUCAAGGGCAAUAUUAUGCUCACUCAGAAGCUCCAAGAUUUAAUUGGGGAUCAUUCCAAGCUCUGAGAUUCGUUGUCUUUGUGUGGAUCAAGACUUGCAUAGAACUUAUUCAAUGCAGCGGGGAAAAGUGUAAUCUGUGAUUGGUGUUAGAGAGACAUAUUGAUUGAUUACACAUUUGGUGGAAAUUACAAUAUUCACGUAAUCGAAAAUAAGAGUACCUAGUUCUUGUUA